UUCUCCCAGCUUGGACACACUUCAGAGGAGACGUCUGCGGGACGCCGUGAAGUGUGAGCGGCUACAGUCAGGCUCCAUCUCCCCCUCCGUCCAAUCAGAGUCCCGGUCCCGGUCCCCGGUCCCGGUCCCGGCUGUCUGGCAGCGGCUGCGGCGGGAUGUCGGCGCUGAGCCGCGCGGGGCUCCACGAGCAGCUGUCCAUCAUCAUGGGCGCGCUCACCCGGGCGGCCGUGCUGGAGAUCUGCGAGCUGGUGGACGAAGGCUACGCGGCGCUGCGGCGCGAGCUCAGCCGCAGCCGCCAGGAGAGCGACGACCUGCGGAAGAAGCUGCACCUCAUCGAGUCCAUCGUGGUCCGGGGCGGCGGCGGCGGCGGCGGGGGGCCGGUGGAGGCGGCGGCGGAGGGCGACCUGGCCGCGGGAGACGCGUCGCGGCCGCAGACACCGCGGCAGCAACGGGACGCAGAGGGAGCAGAAGCCGCAGCCGCUGCUCCGUCCAGCGGGAGGCCCGGGAGACACGCCGCGGCGGCGCGGGAGGAGUUUCCAGAUGUGGUUUUAAUCAAAGAUGAAGACUCCAACAGCAACGACACUUUUGAAGAAGGCUGUAAUAAGCCAGCGGACGGAGGGUCGGCCGGACCCAGAGAGGCCGCCUCGGCGUUUCCUAGCAACCGGCACAAACGGAUGACGUGGCCAGAAAAGGAGGAGGCGGAGAAGCGGUCGUCUCCGGACCCUCCCAGAGCCGUCAGACUGAGCGCGGGGGCUCAGGAGAAGCCGGUGCCGGUGUACUCUCUGGACUCCCCCCGCAGCGAGCAGCUGGGCGGCGACGCCGAGGCGGAGGCCGGCGAGUCCGGCUGCUCCUACUCCUCCCAGAUGGACUCGGACCUGCAGCUGGUCCAGGACUGCUCCCUGGCCCCGCCGGCUCUGGGCAGACCGGUGUUCUUCAGCAGCAGCACUCUGAUGGAGUCUCCCUCCGGCAGGGCCGAGCUGGACCUGAACGUGGACCAGGCCUGGACCAAGCAGGCCAAAGGCCCGGCGGCGUUCGCUCAGUUCCACCAGGGCGAGAACAUGGACGGCGACUCGUUCGGCGUGAAGCUGAUCGGCGUGGCGGGCUCCGCCUCCGCGGACUGCCAGCUGUCCGAGGGCAGCAGCUCGGCCUUCGAGUACGACGAGAGCGAGAUGAUGAGCUACGCCGUGUACGGCGAGCAGCCCGGCCCGCCGCCGCUCUGCAACGGCCAGCCGCCCGGCGCCCGCAGGCGGCGCUUCGUCUGCUCGCUCUGCAACAAGACCUACGCCACGGCGCAGAACCUGGACGUGCACAUGCGCCUGCACACCGGCGAGCGGCCCUUCAGCUGCGGCCAGUGCGGCAAGAAGUUCACGCAGUCGGCGCACCUCAAGUCCCACCUGAGCGUCCACUCCGGCGAGCGGCCGUUCGCCUGCUCCGUCUGCGCCAAGAGCUUCAUCGUCAAGUACAGCCUGAAGCUGCACAUGAACAAGUGUCACCCCAACGUCUGAGGCGGCGCCGGAAACCCUGAACACAGCAGGACUGGGAACGCCGGCGACGCACUGCAGCAGGAAGGCUUUCAUGUUCUGUUCUGUUUGUUAAACUUAAUACACUUGAAGCGGGUAAAAUCCAGACUGAACACAUCACUGUUAAAUCUGAUCACCAACAGUACUGUUAACCUCCGAUACCUAAUCCCUGUCGUUUGAUAUUAUUUGUCAUUUAUUAGCAUCCGUUGUUGGAGCAGAUCGCAUUAGUUGGUUCAGAUUUCAUGCUAAAAACAGGAAAACAGUGACGGGUUCCUCCUAUUUUACUCGUAUUUUGAAGACAGAUUUUAAAAGAAAUGUUGUCUUUCAUGUUUUUCUAUUUUUUUUUUAAAUAAAGCACUGUUGGAACUGGA